GUGUAAGGCAACUGCAUGCAUUAGUGCUCAAGUUCACAAAUGUAGACAAUUAUGCAGAGCCAGGAUAAACCUUUUCACUGGGUAUUAUCAGCUGAUCUGACAAAUGGAGCAUGCAGAGGUACUGAAGAGACUGAGGAAUUGUUGUGUUUAAAAAGAAGCGGCUCCUGGUCCUGCAGACACACAAAGCAAUACAUGCAAGGGGUCAACACUUCAUCAUCUUCAUGGGUCAACAGUCAAAAAUCAUUUGCUAAAUUUGACAUACAAAAAAGUCUAUGCAAUGCCAUGAUGUGCAUGUAAAUACCAGUCACAAAGUCUUAGAUGCAAAUUAAAAUAAUGUUUCUCAGAAAAAUUUCUGGGAUAUUUCCAGCUGGAUUUGGACUUCGCCUGUCACAAAAAUUUGUAUUUUUAUUAUUUUUGUCUGGUUUUAUUACACUAUGCUUUGGAACUCUGUUUCUCCUACCAGACACAUCAAAAUUUAGAAGAAUAUUUUUAUCUAGUACACAGAGCCAGAACGGUGAAAGAUUACACAACUAUGCUAGUAAGAAAAUGAACAAAAAAAACGUUGAAGAUCAAAAGUCACUGCUGCAGAAUACAAAUCGGGAAAAGUGGAGAUCCAAAGACAAGUUUGAUGUGGAUAUAAAACCACUGGGAUUUCUAACCAGCAAAUAUGAAACACAAAAAGAAGAUGUUUCAUUGAACAGAGAACACAUAGUAGCUGCUAAAGCCAAAAAUAAAGAGAACGAGAUAUCCGCAGCUCAGAAGAACCAUGCCGACUUUGUUUUUGAUUACAAGGCAUUUAAGAAAUCCCUUAAAUAUCCACCACUGGGAAAUCAACCUAAACCAAAUGAUCCAGCAAUAUGGGAAAAAAGAAACAGGAUAAAGGAGAUGAUGAAAUUUGCAUGGGACAGCUAUAAGAGAUAUGCUUGGGGAGAGAAUGAGCUUCGUCCAGUGACUAAAGAUGGACAUUUUGGAAGCCUAUUUGGGGGAUUAAAGGGAGCAACAAUAGUUGAUGCCCUGGACACUCUUUUCAUAAUGGAUUUGGAGGAAGAGUUUGAAGAUGCUGCAAAGUGGGUAGAGAAUAGCCUAGAUCUGAAUGUGAAUGGAGAGGCUUCAUUGUUUGAAGUUAACAUCCGAUACAUAGGAGGACUCCUCUCUGCUUAUUACCUGUCUGGAAAAGAGGUGUUCCGGGAAAAAGCAAUUAGUCUUGGGAAGAAGCUGUUACCGGCAUUUAGCACACCUACUGGUAUCCCUCGUGGUAUUAUCAGCCUUGGAAAUGGUUUGAACUGGAGCUGGGGAUGGGCAUCUGCUGGGAGCAGCAUUUUAGCUGAAUUUGGAACCUUGCACUUAGAAUUUUUGAAGCUGAGUGAAUUAUCUGGAGACCCAGUAUUUAUUGAGAAGGUGAACACCAUCAGGAGAAUAUUGAAAAAAAUGGAGAAACCUCAUGGAUUGUAUCCUAAUUAUUUCAGCCCUGUCAGUGGGAGCUGGGUCCAACAUCAUGUGUCUCUUGGAGGACUUGGUGACAGCUUCUAUGAAUACUUAAUCAAGUCUUGGCUGAUGUCAGCUAAACAAGAUAAUGAAGCAAAGGGCAUGUACUACGAAGCUGUAGAGGCAAUUGAAGCACAUCUAAUCAGAAGAUCUGCUGGAGGUCUCACAUACAUUGCUGAAUGGAGAGGUGGAAUCCUAGACCAUAAAAUGGGACAUCUGACUUGCUUUGCUGCAGGGAUGUUGGCACUUGGGGCAAAUGAUGCACCAGACAAGAAAACAAAUCAUUAUAUGGAAUUAGCAGCAGAGAUUGCCAACACGUGCCAUGAAUCUUAUGUACGUACAGAUACCAAGCUUGGGCCUGAAGUUUUCAGGUUUGAUACUGGGGCUGAAGCUACAUCAACUAGGCUGAGUGAACGAUACUACUUAUUACGUCCAGAGGUGGUGGAGAGUUACUUGUACUUGUGGAGACUGACGCACAACCCCAAAUAUAGAGAAUGGGGCUGGGAAAUUGUACAGGCCUUGGAUACCUACUGCAGAAUAGAAAGUGGAUUUUCAGGCAUUAAAGAUGUGUACACUACAAAUCCCAGCCAUGAUAAUGUUCAACAAAGUUUUUUCAUGUCUGAAACAUUAAAAUACCUCUACCUACUGUUUUCAGAAGAUGACCUGUUAUCAUUAGAAGAUUGGGUUUUUAAUACUGAAGCACAUCCAUUGCCAAUAAAUAAACUAAACCCCAUUUGAAGCACAAGAAACCAAUACAUAUCUAUUCAGUGUUUUUAUCUGAAAUGUGAACUUUCAUACAAAAGAAAUUCUAUUUUGUGAGGUUAUUUGAGAUACCAAGAGUUACAUAAAAUACCAUGUAAGAAACUGUUCCUUAUUAUAUUUUAGCACUAAAAGAAAUGGAGGCCUUUUGCAGACAUUUCUGCUCUUAUUUAUGUUCCUAUUGUUACAAGCAGAUAAAUAUGGUUUAGAAAAAAACGAUAAUUUUUGUGAAGAAAAUGUCUGGGAUACUCUUACUAGUGCUAUGUGCCAAUUUAGAUAUUCAGUUUCCUUAUGUCUGUUCCGCAAAGCAAUAGAACAUGUCCUAUCAUUGUCCGCAUUAUGGACAAGGAUAGGAAUGUUCUAUUAGGGGCCAGCUGUUUUGUUCCGCAAAAUACGGAAUGCACACGGACGUCAUCCGUAUUUUUUACGGAUCGCAAAAUACAUACGGUCGUGUGCAUGAGGCCUUAGUCUGACCAUGGACAUGGCAUAUUUGAGAAUAGCUUGUGAACUUUGUAGUCACAACAGAGGAGUUAUGAAAAUCAUGAGUUUAGAGGUCAAUGUGACUAUUCAUAUAAUUAUAUGAUCAGUUUGAUAGUUGAUGAUAAAGGAUCUACAUAAAAUGAGUAAAAUAUGCAAAAUAUUAAUCUUUACUCUAUUAGUAGUUCAAAGAUCUCUACGCCUAAGUACCCAAACAAAAACAACAUUGUAAACUAUAAAAAAAAAACUGUUGAGCAAAAAAAAGUUGAAAAGAAAAGAAUUACGGUACAUAAAGUUCACAAGUCCUCCUCACAGCUAAUAAAGGAAAGUCCAUCUUUGACAUUAUAAUGACAUAAUAAGGCAUACAUACAAGGGUUGUCCUAAAGGGAAGAAGACCCCUAAAAACUGAAAAAAACUCUUUAAGGAUUAUAUUAGGGAACUGCAUACACAAUAAAAAAUAAUAAUGACCUAUGAUAAUUCUUUUGACAAGAAGAACUUUCCAGAAUUGCCCAGAGUAAAGUAUGCUUUAUUGCAGAUUUUAAUAUCACAGUGCUAUACUAACAUAGGCUGAUGUGCUCACGUAUCACGUUCCAAACAGGAUUAUCAAAGUAAAAAAUAUGGCGCAUUUAAACAUUACUCAAGCCCCUUGCACAUCACUUAUGGGAGAUUCAUCUCCCUAACGUCUUUUAAAAUAAAACACAGAAAUAAAUCUCAGCACAAGAAUAUUCCCAUAUUUUAGUUUUAAAAGAUCUUUAUUCUGCAAAUUCACCAGCAUAAAGCUCCUCCUGGGUGGAGGAAAGAACUCUUAUAAUGAGGUUUGCCAUCUGUCUCCACAAUGAUUUAACUAUGAGAUAUAGCCACCCUACAUAUAUCAUGGAACCCAGAUGUAUGUACAACCUUGAAAAUUAAGUGAGACAUUAGAUGAGUAUUGGUGCAUUCUUGUGGGAACUAAAGGGCCAUUUACACGGGCCAAGAAUCCGCCAGAUAAUUGCUAACAAGCCUUCAUAGGAACGCUGUUUAGCGAUUAUCUGGCGGUGUAAAGGUGCCGCCAAUUGCCUGAUGACCAGUGAAACGCUUGUUCGCAGGGUAAUAUGAUCGUUUGUCAUUAUUUACUGGCAGCACAUCGUGCUGUGUAAACACACUGUGAUGCUGAGUCACAGUGUGGCAUUAGCAAUCAUUGCUCCCCAUACUGUGGAGGAGAUCGCUGCAUGUAAAUGCAAUAAUGGUUUUCUUCACUGAUGAGCAGGUGCUCGCAAGGAAGGAACCCUUCCUUCCUUGACAAUCACCUGUAAGAUUGGCAAGUGUAAAGGGGCCUUAGGGUAUUUAUAAUUGGCUGUAAUGAGCUCCAAUCGACAAUGUAGCACAUCAAUCAGCGUUGGCUUAAGGACCUUCACAUGCGUAGAUAGUUGCCUGAACAAAUGACUGCACACAUGCAGCCAUUCAUUUACAUAAUUGUUACCAACACAUACCCUGUUUGCACUGGGAUAUCUGCUGCUAGCAAAAGAUAUUUCUUAGGGCUCAUGCACACGAUCGUUGUUUGUGUCCGCAUCCAAGCCGCCG